GUUGUUUUCGUGGCGUCCGCUGCACAGCCAUCGUGUAUCUCUGCUUUUGAAUCUCGAGUCUGCUGUGAAGCCGCCAAUUUCCUCAUCAUCAAUCCGACCAUGCUCUCCCCUUCAACCCUGCUUCACGCCCUCUCUCUCGCAGCUCUGGCAGCUUUACCUGCGCAAGCCCAACUCGCAAACACGUUUCAGUAUGUCGGACUGUCUGGCGUGUCCGCCCAGCAAAUGUUCUUGGGCACUUUGCACAAGGUUUAUAUCGUAGACAAGACUGAAAAUAACAAUGCGACUGUGAAUGGACAUCCAGCAUGGGCCUCGGAAUACGACCUGGCCACGAACACUUUUCGCACGAUGGACGUGCUUUCAAAUUCGUUCUGUGCCGGGGGUACUGUUCUAGGAAACGGCACGUGGCUCAAUGCGGGAGGGAAUCAAGCAAUCACUUAUGGCGGAGCAGCGAUGCCAAGCACUCAGCAGAGCGGACAGUCACCAUAUGGUGACUGGGAUGGCGGAAAGGCCGUCCGCUUGCUCGACCCGUGUGAUGACGAAUCAUGCGAAUGGGUGGACGACCCAGCACUAUACAUGACCAGUCGACGGUGGUAUCCGACACUCGAGACGUUGGAGGAUGGAUCAGCUAUCAUUAUGGGCGGCUGUGAAUGGGGAGGAUAUGUCAACUAUGCAGACAACCAAAACAACCCUACAGUCGAAUAUUUUCCUCCCAAAGGCCAACCUUUUACCCUCAACUUCCUUCUCAACACCAUGCCUGUGAAUCUCUUCCCCCUGGUCUGGCUUCUUCCCUCUGGCAACCUCUUUGUCCAAGCAGAGUACCAAGCCGAGAUCUUUGAUUACAAAAAUAACAUUGAAUACCCAAUCAGUGAUAUCCCUGAUUGUGUCCGAGUAUAUCCAGCAUCCGCUGGAACCGCAGUCUUGCCCAUGACUCCUGAAAACAACUGGACGGCGACAAUUAUAUUUUGUGGAGGGACAUUUUUAGAAUCGGAUCAGUGGACAACAGAUUGGAAUAUCAGUCAAUACCCGGCAAACCAGAGCUGUGUGCACAUCAGUCCCGAUGUCGAUCUGACUUGGUACCAGAAUGAUCCUCUUGACACAGGACGUUCCAUGGGCAACUUCAUUAAUCUCCCUGACGGUCGACUCUUUUACGUCAACGGCGCUCGCACUGGAACAGCCGGGUACGGGACUCAAGACUGGGCUGUUGGCGAAUCAUAUGCAGAUCAUCCCCUUUAUCAAUCGUGGUAUUUUGACCCCUCUCAGCCUUCAGGACAAAGAUGGUCUAAAGCAGGCGUGUCGUCUAUCCCACGAAUGUAUCACUCUUCAGCGUCUUUGUUGCCGGACGGCACUGUGAUCAUUUCGGGCAGUAACCCUAAUGCGGACUAUGUGGAUGCGGUCAACAACGCGAGCUACACCUACUUCACACAAUAUCAAGUGGAGAUAUUCUAUCCAGACUAUGCGGAUCAUGUAAAGCCGACACCACAAGGCAUGCCUAGUAAUAUUACCUACGGCGGCGACUAUUUCAACAUCACCCUCUCAGCUUCGGAUCUUUUCAACGUUCCGAUUAAUAUCAACAAAACCCGUGCAGUGAUCAUGCGCACUGGCUUUUCAACGCAUACGAUGAACAUGGGUCAACGACACAUCGAAUUGGAAACGAGUUUUACAACGACGGAUGAUGGUGGAGGGAUCUUGCAUGUCGCACAAUUACCGCCAAAUCCCGGUAUACUCGCCCCCGGACCAGCACUCUUCUUUAUUGUAGUGGACGGCAUUCCCUCGAAUGCCUCGUGGGUAAUGAUUGGUGAUGGCAUCAUUGGGGAGCAAACUCUGCAUGAGAAGAGCGUUUUGCCACGCUCCCAGAUUAGUGCACAAAUCAUGGCACAAUAUGGGUUUAUCACUUAUUCCACUAACACGACUUCUACUGCGACAACAACCUGGGGAAGUUGGAAGCUGGCAGGAAUGAGCUUGAUGUGCUUGUGGGGAGGUAUCGUGCUUUUAUAGAUUGGAAAACGAUACGCGGACAUUUUUUUUUGGUCAUAUUACGGCGUACUCUAUGAACAAUU